AUGUGGUGGAUGCUCUUUCCCCGAUGGAUCUGGUUUUUAUUUGGACACUUCUGCGUCUGGCGCCUAGACUCUCGCGUCAGGGCGAUGACUUUGCCCAAAGUCGUCUACUCUCACGCGGGGAUGUGCCCUAACGAGAUGAACCCGAACCUGUGGGUGGAUGCGAUGAGUACCUGCAUGCGAGAGUGCGAGUCCGAUCAGGACUGCGAGGCAUUUGAGAAAUGUUGUCCCAACGUUUGCGGGAACAAGAGCUGCGUGGCUGCCCGCUACAUGGACAUAAAGGGGAAAAAAGGCCCUGUAGGAAUGCCCAAAGGAGCCACCUGUGACAAAUUCAUGUGCUCUCAGCAAGGCUCAGAGUGUGACAUCUGGGACGGCCAGCCGGUUUGUAAGUGUCGUGAUCGAUGUGAACGAGAGCCCCGUUUUACCUGUGCCUCAGACGGAAUGACCUACUACAACAAGUGCUAUAUGGAUGCUGAGGCUUGCUCCAAGGGCGUCACCCUCACAGAGGUCACCUGUCGGUAUCACCUCACCUGGCCCAACACCAGCCCGCUGCCAAUGGAAACCACCAUCCAUCCCACCACGCCACACCUGGAAACCACACCUAUGGACAUCCACCCGCCAGUGAUGAUCAGCAACCCUGUGCACCAUUCCGUGUUUGUCGGAGAGACAGCCAGCUUUCUAUGUGAAGUGACCGGGAAACCAAAGCCUGAAAUCACCUGGGAGAAACAGACUGAGGGAAAACCGAACACGGUGAUGCGGCCAAACCACGUGCGGGGGAAUCUGGUGGUCACCAACAUAGCACAGCUGGUUAUUUACAAUGCUCAGCUCCAGGAUGCUGGGAUCUACACCUGCACCGCCAAGAACCCGGGCGGAUCCAUACAGGCUCACUUCCCGCUGUCUGUUGUCCGACGAGAGCAGGCGAUGGCGGAGGAUUCGGCGAACGUAACGCGUCUGCCGGCGGAGGAGUGCCUGAAAGCGCCUGACAUGGGUGAUUGCGGAGAGGAGAGUAUGAGCUGGUAUUAUGAGGCUAAACGCAACAACUGCUUCACCUUUACUUACAGCCAGUGCAACAGAAACCGCAAUCACUUUGACACCUAUGAAGCGUGCAUGCUGUCAUGUGGGAAGGAGCUGGCGGCCCCUUGCUCUUUGCCCAGCCUGCAGGGACCCUGCAAAGCAUACGAGCCACGCUGGGCAUACAGUCACACGCUCAAACAGUGCCAGUCCUUCAUCUAUGGCGGUUGCGGCGGGAACGAGAACAAUUUCGAGAGCAAGGAAGCCUGCGAAGAGAUGUGUCCGUUUCCCAAGAGCAACAACUGCAAAAUGUGCAAACCCAAGCAGAAGAUGGUCACCAGUUUCUGCAAGAGCGACUUUGUCAUCCUGGGACGCAUGACGGAAGUGACGGAGGACCAGGACUCGGGUCACGCCCUCAUCACGGUGGAGGAAAUCCUGAAGGACGAGAAGAUGGGGCUGAAGUUCUUUGGCCAGGAACCACUAGAAGUGACGCUGCUCAAUAUGGACUGGAACUGCCCCUGUCCCAAUAUCACCAGUGCAGAAGGACAGCUCAUUAUAAUGGGAGAUGUUCACAACGGAAUGGCAGUGCUACAGCCCGACAGCUUCGUAGCCAGCUCCAGCUCUCGCCGUGUGCGCAAGCUUCGUGAGGUCAUCAACAAGAAGACUUGUGACUUUCUCAAGGAAUUUGGCGGGACGCAGUAG